AUGAAGAUUCGGAUUCGUGGUCCAGAAGGGCAGUCCACUAUCAUUCUCGAUGAUCGGGCAACGGUUGACGACCUUCAACAUCAAGUUGCUAAUAGAACAGGGUUGACUGCUUACGAUAUAAAAUAUGGUUAUCCUGAUCUAAAGCCUCUAUUCCUGGAUACACUUCAGUCCGACCGGAGCCUAGCAGAUCAUGGUAUCAACUUGAAUGGGGAGCAACUCAUAGUUACGACGAAGCAAGACCUGUCGCAGACAUCGGGCAAUGGUACCAAAGCACCUGUUUCGGCUCAUCAACAGCCGUCGGAUAAAUAUCUCCCGCCACGCAAUUCUAAUGAUGCCGUUCUGGAUGAUGCACCCGAGAUACCAUCACCCGAGCAUGCAGGCACAUUCGUUCUACGCGUCAUGCCUGAUGACAACUCGUGUCUUUUCCGCGCUGUGGGCAGUGCUAUUACGGGAGGCAUGGAUACCAUGAAUGAGCUUCGGUCUGUCGUUGCCCAAACAAUCCAGGAGAAACCAAAUUUAUACUCAGCAGCGGUCCUGGAGAAAGUGCCAGAUGACUAUUGCCGUUGGAUACAAGACGAAGACUCUUGGGGUGGAGGAAUCGAACUCAGCAUUCUGAGCAAGCAUUUUGACAUAGAGAUAUGCUCAAUCGACGUGCAAACUCUUCGAGUUGAUCGUUUCAAUGAGGGCCAGACCACACGAUGUAUCUUAGUCUAUUCAGGGAUCCACUAUGAUACCAUAGCGCUGUCACCGUCUGAUCCUCCCUUUACCCAUUCAUAUGCCCCUCCCGAGUUCGAUACAAAAGUCUUUGAUACGGCCGACCCUUUGGUGCUAGAGAAGGCUUUGGCACUCUGUAAGAUCCUACAGGGCAAACACUAUUAUACUGAUACUGCGGGGUUCCAUCUUCGGUGCAAUUGCUGUGGGGAGAUUUGCACAGGCGAGAAAGGUGCCACUCAGCAUGCGGCCGAAACUGGCCAUUAUGACUUUGGAGAGGCUGCUUAA